AUGGAUUAUAUUCCAGGUAUCACUAUAACGAAGUUAAUCAGCGGCGGUUGCGUUGGUAAUCGUAUUAAAAAGUUAUGCAUGCUCGAAAUUUUCGCUGCAAUUGCUUCCCAGUUGACUUUGAUGAAAGAAAUGGAAAUAAAGCAUCGUGACCUUAAACCAGACAAUAUUGUCGUUGAUGGUGAUAUGAUUCCUCACAUUAUUGAUUGGGAUGAUUCUACAGACAGAUUUUCGUUAUCUAUUAGUGAGCGUCACGGAACAAUUCCAUUUGCUGCUCCAGAAAUCUUUUCCGCACAGAGAAAAUGCGAAUCUGAUAUUUUCUCAUUCGGAGCUAUCAUGUUUAAUAUGAUUACCGAACGUUAUCCAUUUUACAGUGCAUACAGGACAAGAGCAGGCUUACAAUCUCUUGCUGAUAAAUUCUCUGAACUCCAAUUACCUAACCUCGCUGAAACAUUAGACGUGCUUGCAGAAUUCGAACAAAUGGAUGAUUCAGAACAAUACAACCAUUGGCCAACGGUUGUUUCAUACGUUGAGCCUAUCCUUACAGAAUUGAUCAAAGCAGGCGCUCGAGAUGACUAUAUCUAUAAUGAAAGAUUCCAAAACGAUCCGUUCAACAGAAAAAUUUCUGAGUUGAUUGGAUUAUGUUGCAAGCAAGAACCCGACGGCAGAAUCACACCAGAGGAUCUCCACGAUAGGAUUGAUAGUCUUGCAAAGAAAUUUUAA